UCUGAGGUCGCGUGACCGGAAGUAAACCACGUGUUUCCUGCUGCAGCUUCACGUUGUUUCUUCAGCGUCAGAAAAUCAAACCGAGGAAAAGCGAGAAAAUCACCGAGACGCAAAGAUGCCGAAAGCGAAGCAGUCGAGCAAGAGGAAGAAGUUUGACUACAAUGCAAACCGGAAGAAGAUGAAGAAGAAGUUCAUCAAGAAAUACAACCCGACCAUAGACGAUCGACAGAUUCGAAAUGCGUGGGACGAUAAGAAGUCUGUGUCCAGGAACCUGCAGGACAUGGGUCUGGCCUUCGAUCCAAACCGCACGCUGCCCAUACAGAAGCCGAGCCUCCUCGGUGAAGACAGAGAGACCAAAGCUCCCAGCAACAUCGUCACCAAACCCUACGUCCUCAACCAACUGGAGGAGGAAGCGAAUCGUCCAGAGAAAAAUGUGAAGACGUUAUCGUCCGACCUGGUUGAGUACGUUCAGUACAUGAUCCGAGAACACAAGGACGACUACAAGGCGAUGGCCAGAGACGAGAAGAACUACUACCAGGACACGCCCAAACAGAUCAAGAGGAAAAUCAACGAGUACAAGCGCUGCCACUCGCAGCACUACGACGCCUUCAUCGCCUCGAUAGCUGCUCCACAGCCGAUGGCCCAGUAGGGGGCGUGUCCACCCUGUUCUGGACUUGAAAUCUUUCUCUGCAUGAGGACGAGACGGAAAUCAAACCGUGUCCGAGCGCAGACUGAACAUUCAGACUGAGGCAGAAUUCACAGACGGGGACGGUGGAGAAAAAGACGUUUCUCUGUCGUUCUGUUGCUUCCUGUGUUUUUAGUUUUUCUUCCUCUUUUCAGAAACAUUCUCUCAACUCCGUGAUCUGAAUGUUCAACUAUGUUUAACGUGUCAUCAGCUGAUUCCUCCUGCUCUCCUUGUUCUUUUUAUCAAAUAGUUACAGGACAGUUCGUACAGCACAGGAUGAGAUGUGAACAUUUCUGUGAUGAAAACUUCUCCAGAUAAAACAGAAAAUAUCAUUUCUAACAGUUGAACCAGGUUUGUGUGAAUGAAUUCUGAAAACAUCGCUGUUAAAAGAUUGUGUGUCAGAAAACUGACUCGACCCUAAUAUUAAACAAUAUUUUUACAAAA